AUGAAAGAUUCUGCUGGACCGAACUGGUCCCAGCCGACUCGCGCCAACAUUGUGGCCGGCUUGGCUUGGCUCACCAAGGAUGUACAGCGCGAUGACGUUCUGUUCAUCUACUUUGGGGACUCGCAAGACUUGCGUGAUUACCCAGGAGACCUGCGCACUUUGCUCAUCGACCCGAUCCCCCGGGCUUGCCGCCUCAUUGCUCUGUUUGAUACAAAGCCAAACGAGGCCCUUGUCCUUCCCUACUAUUACACGUACGGCUCGUUGGUCCGCGACGCCGAGUCUCUUGAGUCUACACUCACCAACAUGGCCAACGAGUACAACGACAAGAACAAGAACGCUACCGACGCGAUCGAAGCACUCCGCAAGCUGGACGGCGGAAAGGUCAAGGCUUCGUUUGACGAGGACAUCUGCGGAUGGCACUUUGAGGAGCGUAAACUCACUCUCCACGACGUCAUUGUCCUCGACGGAGCAAAGAACUAUGCCGAGUGGUCGGAGUGUCGUACCUCGCCGGUUCGCAGAGUCCCCGGCUACCUGGCUCAAGUCUUCAUGCACGUCAUGAACACCAGUCCAGCCCUCAGCCACCGCAAGCUCCUCAUUGCGCUGACGAAGGCUCUUGAGAAUAAGGGAACCAAUGAGAGUCCCCGCAUGUUUGCUGCGCACGCGUUCGACAAGAACCGCACUUUUAUUCUUUGA